AUUGUGAUUUUGACGUAGAGGAUGAUCCCUUCAACGCUCUCCUCGGUCCUCCGUCGGUCAUGGCAUGUGUCCCUUGUUACUUACCUUCCUCUCUCUACAAAAGCGUUCUCUCUCUUGCUCUGAGCCAAAAAAGCUUCAACUUUAACCAGUGGCUCUGUUUUCUUCGCGAUAUGGAAAUGGCGGAAGGGAUUAAAUGGUAAUUUUACGUGAACUGGGGGGAGUUGUUUAGGAGGGGUUUUAUUAGUAUCGCCAUCCCUGCACUUUCGUUAAGGAAUUAUAUAAUAUUCCUUGGAUCAUUCCCUGGAUUUUUAGAAGAGAAUUGACUUUAUAUUCAGGUUUUUUAACCUUGAUAGCUGUUAAUACUUUAAGUAAAAGUUUGUGCUUUUACACUUGCAAAGGGACUUCUGGCAAAACAGGAAGCAUCAGUCUGUGAGCCAAUGGUGACACAGUUGGCUGUCCUCUCAGAUUCCUGUGCAUAGAUUUACUGUCACGAUGAUAACCAGAAUUCUUUUUCAUGACCAGGUGAUUAGUAUAAGAAAAGCUGUAAUUCUUGUGGUAAUCAUAUUGAGAUUGAUAUGCCAGUAACUCUACCUCAGGAUCUUUCUGUUCUGAAGCAUGGCCCCUCGACCUCUCCGCUUAACCUCCAAAAGAGCACCUCGGAAGCUUCUUUGUAUUGUACUCUUGGUAAUUGUGCCAAUUUGUGUGAUUGGAAUCUUCACAUAUGCCCAGAAAAUCUCCUAUUUUUUCCGUCCACUUUGGGACAAUCCCCCUCCUCCCUUCAAGCGCCUGCCUCACUAUUAUGCAGAGAAUGUUUCAAUGGAACAUCUUUGCCUCCUUCAUGGUUGGUCUUUACGCUCCGAACCUCGUCGUGUCUUUGAUGGCAUCAUCUUCAGCAAUGAGCUAGACAUUCUUGAGAUCAGAUGGCGUGAGCUUCAUCCCUACGUCACUAAAUUUGUAAUCCUCGAAUCCAACACCACUUUUACAGGCAUUCCUAAACCCCUCUUCUUUGCCUCAAACCAGAGCCGGUUUGCCUUUGCUGAGGAAAAGAUUAUCCAUGGUGUAUUUUCAGGCCGUACUAAUAUCCAUGGGUCACAUGAAGAUCCUUUUGUACUUGAGUCAGAGCAGCGGGCAGCUAUGAAUAGUUUACUUCUCCGUUCAGGGAUUUCAGGUGGCGACUUACUUAUUAUGUCAGAUACGGAUGAAAUUCCAAGCCCUCACACUGUAAAACUACUACAAUGGUGUGAUGGAAUACCACCAAUCUUGCAUCUAGAGCUAAGGAAUUACAUGUACUCAUUUGAGUUCCCUGUAGAUUACAGUAGCUGGCGUGCUGCAAUCCAUGUAUAUGGUCCUUGGACCAGAUACCGGCAUUCGCGUCAAACUGACCUUAUCUUUUCUGAUGCUGGAUGGCAUUGUAGCUUUUGCUUUCGACGACUUCAGGAAAUUGUGUUUAAGAUGACUGCUUAUAGUCAUGCUGAUAGAGUGACAAAAAAAGAUUAUCUAAAUUACUCUAGGAUUCAGAAACUCAUUUGCAGUGGAGAUGAUCUGUUUGAUAUGCUCCCAGAAGAGUACACAUUUCAGGAGUUGAUUAAGAAGAUGGGUCCAAUACCUCAUUCAGCUUCUGCAGUUCAUCUUCCUGCAUAUUUGAUAGAGAAUGCAGAUAAGUUUAGGUUUCUUCUUCCCGGGGGCUGUUUACGAUCGUCCGAAUGAAGGCUAGGUUUCUGACGGACCCCAAACAAUAAGCAGAAAAUGUAUAGAUGUUAGUUCUGUGCUAAACUUUGUCUUGCUUUUUCCAAUUGAGGCUUGAGUGCAUAAUUUUAUAGGGUGCAGAGGCUGUAUCACCCGACCCAUGUUGUUGCAAUCGUUACAUGGGCUUUUGAAUUCCUGCUAGUGGAUGAAACAUUUUUGCCCAA